CCGGGCCUCCACCCUAGGGUCUCAAAGGAGUCCCUGCGGAUUCCUGCUCCCACCCGCGCCGGGCUCCAGAGACUCUUUCGUGGGCGUGAGGAAGGCGCAUCUGUGGCUCUGAGGUCUCAGCAGAGUUAGACUCAGAAGAAAUGGCCCUGGUACCCUAUGAGGAGAGUGCGGCAAUAGGGCUCCAGAAAUUCCAUAAGCCUCUCGCCACCUUCUCCUUUGCAAACCACACCAUCCAGAUCCGGCAGGACUGGAGGCAACUGGGAGUGGCCGCAGUGGUUUGGGACGCGGCCGUCGUUCUUUCCAUGUAUCUGGAGAUGGGUGCUGUGGAAGUCAGGGGCUGCGCUGCUGUGGAGCUGGGUGCUGGCACAGGGCUGGUGGGCAUAGUAGCUGCCCUGCUGGGUGCUCAUGUGACUAUCACGGAUCGAAAAGUAGCAUUAGAAUUUCUUAAGUCAAAUGUUGAAGCCAACUUACCUCCCCAUAUCCAACCUAAGGUGGUUGUUAAGGAGCUGACUUGGGGACAAAAUUUGGAAAGUUUUUCACCUGGAGAAUUUGAUCUCAUACUUGGAGCGGAUGUCAUAUACUUAGAAGAUACCUUCACAGACCUUCUUCAAACACUGGGACAUCUCUGUAGCAGUAACUCUGUGAUUCUUUUAGCUUGCCGAAUCCGCUAUGAACGGGAUAAUAACUUCUUAACAAUGCUGGAGAGGCAGUUUACUGUGAGUAAGGUUCACUACGAUCCUGAGAAGGACGUACACAUUUACAAAGCCCAGAAGAGAAUCCAGAGGGACGACUUGUAGUGGGCAGGGCUUUCUAAGAAUUGAAUGUGCCAGUUAAGGUCUUACAGCUAGAACUCUUUUUUUUUUUUUUAAGAUUUAUUUAUUUUUUAUUUAUAUGAGUACACUGCAGCUAUCUUCAGACACAUACUAGAAGAGAACA